CGCCAUGAUGUCAUCACAACAUGGCGAAGCUGAGUCGGUGCGGGACAACAACUCCAAUCUAGAGCUCGCAAUUGGUGUUAAAUAGCUCCCAUGUUAACUAUAUGUGUGCAAGGAUGCAACCAGAAACAUCGUUUGUUGGAAAUACAGUGUGCAGGAUUAACUUUUAGCAGCUAAUUAGCGCUACUUUUGACCGGGAACGGUGUCGCCGCGACGAUUUACCCGGUUAGCCUGACGUGCAGUGUACCCGAAGAGGAGAUGGAAGUGGAUUUCCAGCCAGAGGACUCCUCCUCGUUUAGAGAAGGCAUCGAGCUGGGAGGCGUCAAGGACAUGAGAUCGGAGGCGGACGCCGUGGUCAGUGAUGUACUCUUUGCCGUGAACGAAAUGUACGUGUCACAAAGCCUCGACAGCGCAUUGGACGUUGCGUACAUAAAUGUGCAAACAAGAGAGACCAAUCGCUAUUGCCUUGAACUCACAGAGGCUGGAUUGAGGGUGGUGGGCUAUGCCUUCGAUGAAGUGAAUGAAGAUUUAAGCACCCAGUAUCACGAGACCAUUUACUCCCUUCUGGACACACUAAGUCCAGGAUACAGAGAGGCCUUUGGGAAUGCUCUGCUCCAGCGACUCGAGAGGCUACAACAAACUGGACAUUAAGGAAGCAAGACUCAGCAAUUCACUAAACGUAGUCCGACCUUAGCCCACCUCACCCCCAAAAAAACAAGGUUUGCAAUGUAAAUUGUUCUACAUUGAUGGGGCUUUUUUUUUGUACACCACUUAAUUGCUCGUCUCACUGUUCAACUUCGAGACCCUUCCUAGGUCUAAGGGAUAUUUUCUUUAGCUUUUCUUGCCUGUCAAAUCCAACUACUAUAAAGUGAACAAAUUGCUAUUUACCUACCGAACUUAACCUAAAGAACCUGCUUUCCUUAAACUGAUGUAGGAUGAGACAUGUCAUACAGCUUUUGAAGUUGAUACUGCUAACCAACUGAAAAUGCUCCCGUUACACUAUUAGGUUUGACAGUUCACUAGCCAAUUUCUCACUUUUGAACCUCAAGUAUUAACGCUUUUAUGAAGCCCAUGCAAGCUUGCGUUUGAAAUUAGAAAUGAAGCACAUUGAUCCAGCUCAACAUGAGACUGAGACAACCACACCAUUGGCCUAGAGACACCUUGCGCAUGAUUAUAAUGAAGUGAAACAUUUGGCUAGCAUUAGUAUUUCUAUCCUUUGUCAAAUAAAAAUGUAAUACCCAUUUCCAA